AAUAACAACGCCAUCGUGUGUUUCGGCUCAGCCAACGAAUCCCCGUUUAUGACCCGACAAGAAAAAGAAGCUCCAAAUCAACAGUCCGGCUCAUUUCCUGGGAUAUUCUGCAUACAAAUAUCCUCUUCCCCUACUUUCUUCCCCACUCCAAUACCCCCAUUUUCGACUUUCUAUGCAUACGACCCGUUUUCUCUAUAGAUCCCUAAAUUCAAAUUCAAUAUAAAGAUAACCCUCUGGCAAUUAGAGUGGCAUGUGAAUAUUCCAGCAAUGGCGUCCGCAGACACAGAAAAUGAGAAAAAAGCCCGGUCCGGAGGCUGCAACCCGGUGAAAAAACCGGGUCCAGUAUCGCUAGACCACGUUUUAUCGGCCUUGGGAGAGACGAAAGAAGAGAGAGAUUCGAGAAUUAGAAGUCUAUUCAGUUUUUUCGACUCGAAUAAUGUGGGCUACUUGGAUUCUGCCCAAAUUGAGAAGGGUCUUUCCGCAAUGCAAAUCCCGGAGGAUUACAAGUAUGCCAAGGAAUUACUGAAUGUUUGUGAUAAAAAUCAGGAUGGGAGGGUGGAUUAUCAGGAGUUCAGGAAAUAUAUGGAUGAUAAGGAGCUAGAAUUGUACAGGAUUUUCCAGGCUAUUGAUGUUGAGCACAAUGGGUGCAUCUUGCCAGAGGAGUUAUGGGACGCUCUUGUCAAAGCUGGGAUAGAAAUGGAUGACGAUGAACUUGCUCAUUUUGUUGAGCAUGUUGAUAAAGACAAUAAUGGAAUUAUAACUUUUGAAGAAUGGAGAGAUUUUCUUCUGCUUUAUCCACAUGAGGCUACCAUAGAAAACAUAUAUCACUACUGGGAAAGGGUAUAUCUUGUAGAUAUUGGUGAACAAGCUGUGAUACCUGAAGGCAUCAGCAAGCAUGUUCAUGCAACCAAAUUUUUGAUUGCAGGUGGAGUUGCAGGAACUGCUUCUCGUACUACAACUGCACCUCUUGAUCGGUUAAAGGUGGUUUUACAAGUACAAACUGAUCAUGCUGCUAUUGUUCCUGCAGUUAAAAAAUUAUGGAAGGAAGGUGGUUUUUUGGGGUUUUUUCGGGGUAACGGGUUAAAUGUGUUGAAAGUUGCACCAGAAAGUGCUAUCAAGUUUUACACUUACGAAACAUUGAAAACUAUAAUUGGAGAUGCUAAAGGUGAAAAGCAGGGGGAUAUAGGAACCGUAGGGCGACUUGUUGCUGGUGGAUUGGCUGGAGCUGUGGCACAAACUUCUAUUUAUCCAAUGGAUCUUGUGAAAACUCGAUUACAAACUUAUGCUUGUGAAGGAGGAAAUGUGCCAAGUCUGAGGAAAUUAUCUAAAGAUAUUUGGGUUCAGGAGGGACCUCGAGCAUUUUACAGAGGGUUGGUGCCAUCUCUUCUUGGAAUUAUUCCUUAUGCAGGCAUCGAUUUAACUGCCUAUGAAACCUUGAAAGAUAUGUCCAAGAAAUAUAUUCUUCAUGACGAUGAACCUGGUCCUCUUGUGCAACUCGGUUGUGGAACGAUUUCAGGAGCACUUGGAGCAACAUGUGUUUAUCCUAUGCAGGUGAUAAGAACGAGAAUGCAAGCUCAGAGCAUGAAUACAGAUGCUGCAUACAAGGGGAUGUCGGAUGUAUUCUAUAGAACAUUUCAGCGUGAAGGUUUAAGGGGAUUCUAUAAAGGAUUAUUCCCAAAUCUUCUUAAAGUUGUACCAGCAGCAAGCAUUACGUAUAUGGUUUACGAGUUCAUGAAAAAGAGUCUAGAUCUUGAAUAGAUGAUGCUCAACUACGGUUAUAUAGCUACACAUUGGGAAAAAAACACUGAUGAUGAUGAAAGUUGAAUAAGAUUAUUUUUGAAACUGAUGGUCAUUAUUUGGACAUAAAUUAGAUUUUUUAUCCCCCUCGAGAUAGCUAUGGGGGUUGGCUGACUAACUGCGUUGAGAUUUAAGAAUACAUAACGAUGUCUAUGUUGAGUACUAGGUAAUUGUUGUAUACUUCUGCUACAUACUCGCAACAAAUACCAACUCUUCGGAAUUUGCCAUUUUUGCUAUAAUAAUCUUCGGAUACAAUUUUCCUGUCCA